AUGAAGAUGCUGGGGAACAUACCACUCGCGGUCGCGCUCCUCGGUGCGUCGGCGUGGGCUGCGUCCUACACCGAGGCGCUCCUCGCGUUACACAAGACCCUCGUCGAGGCCGACUCGACCACCAAGGCCGAAGCCCUCGGGACGCAGGCCCUCAAGUCCUACCUCGAGGCCAACUUCACCGUCGAGCUGCAGACCGUCGAGGGCGACCGGCAUAACGUCUACGCGUACCCGGGCAGCGGCCGCGCGGCGCGGGUCCUCGUCACCUCGCACAUCGACACGGUGCCGCCGUACGUGCCGUACUCGCGCGCAGGCGAUGAGAUCCGGGGCCGCGGCACGUCCGACGCCAAGGGCAGCGUCGCCGCGCAGAUCACGGCGGUCGAGUCCCUGCUCGCCGGCGGCGAGGUCGGCGAGGGCGACGUCGCCCUCCUCUUCGUCGUCGGCGAGGAGUCCGGGGGCGACGGCAUGGCGGCGGCGAACGGGCUGGGCCUCGCCUGGGACGCCGUCGUCUUUGGCGAGCCGACGGAGAACAAGCUCGUGCGGGCGCACAAGGGCGUCCUGGCGUUCAACGUGACGGCCGACGGCGUGGCCGGCCACUCCGGGUACCCCGAACACGGGAGGAGCGCCAUCGACCUCCUCGUCCGCGCUCUCGAGAGGAUCCAGGACGCGCCGCUGCCCUCGACGGAGGAGUUUGGGGACACCACGCUGAACAUUGGCGUCGUAGAGGGCGGCGUCGCCUCCAACGUCAUCGCGGAGAGUGCGGCGGGGAAGGCUACCGUUCGAGCAGCGACAGAGGACCUGGAGGGGAUCAAGGACAUUCUCGGCAAGGCCGUGUCCGAGGUCACGCCGGAGUACGUGGACAUGGUCUUCACAGGUCAAGGGCUGCCCGUGAGCUUGGAUUACGACGUCGAGGGGUUCAAUAUCACUGUUGUCAACUACUACACUGAUGUUCCUCAGCUGAAAGGCACGCACAAGCGGUACCUCUAUGGACCCGGGAGCAUCCUCGUCGCCCACUCGGCGGAUGAAAGGAUCACUGUCUCGGACCUGGAGCUCGCCGUCGAGGGCUACAAGAAGCUUAUCUUGGCGUCACUGAAGAAAUAG